UUAUAUAUAUUGAAAUCAGCCAACAACAACAACAAAAAAAACCGAUUUCAUUUAAAAUCAAAUAGUUUUUUUUAUCACUUUCAUUCUCCUAAAAAGUUAAAAUUGUGUAUUUGAAUUCGCAUACACACACACUCACAACCAACCGACAAACAAACUAGAAAUCAAUCAAUCAAAUAUCAUUAUCAUCAACGAAAUUUGAAAAAUCCUAAAGUAAUUUGAAAACCGCCGAACAUUUUUCUUGUUCGUGUCUGUCUUCCCAUCUUCUCAAAAGUUUUUUUUUUGUUUGUUUGUUUUCGUUGUUUCAUCUUUGUGUUUGUGAUUCUUUUGUAAUUUUUACCAAAAAAAAUAACAAACAAAAGAAAAAAAUUCAUAACAAUCAUCAUCAUCAUCAUUAUAUUGCACCAGAACAAACCGGCAACGAACCCGUGAAACGUUUAUUUUUGUCUUCUUUUUUUUCGAAUAAAAUAAAUAUAUUUUUUUCAAUUCAAAUCCAACAAAAAUGUCUUGGCAAUCAUAUGUCGAUAACCAAAUCUGCCAACACGUCGAUUGUACGCUUGCUGCUAUAGCCAAUAUUCAAGAUGGUUCUGUUUGGGCCAAAUUUGAAAAAGAUGAUAAAAAGAUCAAUCCUAAAGAAUUGAAAACUAUUGCUGAUACAAUCAGACAAAAUCCGUCCGGAUUCUUAGAGACCGGUAUACAUAUUGGUGGUGAAAAGUAUAUUUGUAUUCAGGCAGAUAAUCAAUUGGUACGUGGUCGUCGUGGUUCAUCAGCAUUGUGUAUCGUUGCAACCAAUACAUGCCUUUUAGCGGCCGCAACAGUCGAUGGCUUUCCGCCAGGACAACUUAAUAAUGUCAUUGAAAAAUUGGGUGAUUAUUUGAGAUCUAACAACUAUUGAUGAAUCAAGCAAAUAUUGAAAAAUUUAAAACCAGCAAACAAACAGAAAAAAUUUGUCAAACAAUACAAGAAAAAAAACUCAACAUCCUUCCGGAAAUGCUUCAAAAUAUUACAAAACAAAACACCGAUAACAUGAGUCCAAAAUUUGCAAAAAAAAACAGAAUUCAGAUUUCAUGAAACAACACACCGUUUUUUCAGCAACCAAAAUUUUUUUUUUUCUAUAAAUCAAAAACAAAAAUGAUACCAUCAUCAUGAUAAUUAAAUCAUCAAAGGAAUAUGGUGUAAGUGUGUGUGUGUGUGCAAGAAUAACUUGAAAUUUUUUUUUCAAAUUCUUCUCUUGCUCUCAUUAUUCUUUAUUGCUCUCUUUCUUUUUUUCUUGCUCUCACAAUAUUAUUGAAUUAUAAUAAUAAUAAUAAUAAUUAUAAAAUA